AUGAGGGGCUCAUGUCUCGAAGACUCCACGACUCCGGAGGAUAUAAGGGCAUCGGUGGCAGACAAAGGAGGAUGCCCAGCCGACGACAUCAGGCUGGGCAAAAUAACUAGGUCUUCCCGCGAUGGAUUGGGCACCUGCUGGAUACAGGUGCUCUCCGCCGCGGCCAGCAAAAUUAUAAAGUCGGGACAGCUAGUCAUCGGGUGGACGGCCGUCAAGAUCGAAGCACUGGAAGCACGCCCGCUCCAGUGCUUCAAAUGCAUGGGAGUCGGCCACACACACGCCACUUGUAAGUCCCAAAUAGACCGCAGCGGACUCUGCUAUCGCUGCGGGCAAGGUGGCCACAAGGCAGGCGAGUGUGUGGAGAAGCUUUGCUGCCCGUAUUGCAAGGAUCACGGUCAUAAACCAGACCACAGAUACGGGGGCAAGGCUUGCCAGUAUGCCACAUCGGCGAAGAAAGGAGGAGCGCGAGGCAAGCAGAGACCAGCGGCGAAGAGCAACGAGGGAGGCAAGAAGAUGCCGAAGAAGCCAGCUUCGACAGGAGCAAAAGUCAAGAGAGGUGGUCUCGAGGGGGAGAGCAAAUCAUCUUCAACAUGA